AUGCCGAUGGCGGCUGGCAGCUUCUACCUUGUUCGGUUCAAUGUGCCUGGUCGAGAGAUCUGGCACGAACGGCUCGUCAUCCAGGGGGCUCUCAUCAAGACCCCUGAUGGCGACGUCUGCCACGAUUUCCAUGUGCUCUCCAGGGACGCCAGGGGCAUCAAGCCGCUCAGCGGGCAGGGCGCCGCGGUCGACGGGAUCGAGGCGGCGAGCGCGUACCGCUUCAAGCGGCCCCCCGCGGCGGUGCAGGUGUGGGGCGCGCUGCGCGAGGCGGCGGCAGGCGGUGCUGCGGCGCUCCCGCACGAGGACUUCGCGCUGGAGCUCGGCGAGGGGAAUGUGAUCGGGAUGGCGCCUGGGCCGCUCUUUCUGCGCGACCCGCUCGCGGCCCCCGUGCCUGCCGCGGCGGGGCCGCUGGUGGCCGCGGCGCCGCCCGCGUUGGGGGCCGCCUCCGCGCCUCUCGCGCCUCCCGACCCCUUGGGGGAUGCGCUGGCCGCGGCGCUCAGGCCUGGCGCCCCUCCCGGUGCUCACGCUGGAGGCACGGCCGCGCCUCCUGCGGGAGAGCACCCGAGCAACGACUUCCGCGUCCUCGCGGCGGCGAGGGGCUCGCGGGGUCGCCGCGACCGCUCCUUCGGCGACGCGCUCAAGGAGCAGACUGAGUGCGAGCGCGAGGACUGGCCCGCGCUUGGGCCUCGGACGUUGCUCUGGGUCCUCCAGUUCAUGCUUCGGAUGGCUGGAGGUGCCGUCGCGUGGCACACGCGGUGGCACGCCGUCAUGGGCCUGGCCGAAGGCGACGAGGCGGCGAAGCAGCACGAGACCAUCUGCCGCAUCCUGGAGACGUCGAUGGUGCACGACCAGCUCGUCAUCACCGAGCUGGCCAGCUUCGAGUAUCUUGCUCGGCAGCUGCAGCUGAUCGAGGAGAGGGUCUACGACGAGAAGACUCGCAAGGCCGCCGCCGCGCUUAAGGGGCAGGGCAAGAAGGACUCCACGCCCCAGGACGCUCUGUCCACGGAGGUCGGCCACUUCCUGGGGAUCGGAGAGACGAAGGGUAACUUGUGCAUCUGCCCCGCGCUGAUGCAGUUUAUCGCAGAGCAGAUGAGGGACGAGGCGGCGGUAUCGAAGGAACGACGCAAGGCGCGUGAGGAGCGCGCCUUGCCCCCCGCCUUCGCCAGCGGGAUGCUCUGCCGCUGCCGCCCCUCGACGUGGGCGACCGUCUUCACGCCGUUAACGGUCGGCGCCCUCGCCAGCGCGCAGCUCGCGGUGCGGCUUGGCGCCGGUGGUGCAACGAGGGUAUCGAUGCACUCAACUGGCUCCAUGAUCGUUCUGCUGCGGGACGUCUCGCGGGUGCUCUCUACGACCCCAGGCUACCAGCGCGCCUCGCGGGUCAGACCCUACGACAAGGCCCUCGCGGCCUGGCCUGCGCUCUCGGGACCCCCCGUCGAGGUCAGCUCCGUCGCGCAGCAGGCCGACGCCGUCCAGUUGCAGGGUUGGAGGCAGGGUAUGCUGAGAUCCGCAGGCGAGGUCGAGGAGCUGCAGGUGUCGUUAGGCGCUCAGCAACCCUACGUCGACCCUCUGCUUCGCGAUCCUCGGAAGUAUGCUGAGUUUUUGAACGCGACGCUGCAGCGCCACAUGAUCGAGUGGACUGUUGCGUCACCUCCUUCUUCGCCCUACUCCGUCGGGAUUUUCUUUGUCGAGAAGAACGGCGGCAAGCUGAGGUUAGUCUUAGACACGAGGGUGGCGAAUACUUAUUUCAAGCCUCCUCCGAACUCCGUGCUGCCUACCCCAUCGGCACGGGCCUCCCUCGAGUCGUCAGGCGACUUCUAUGUGGCCCAGGGGGGCAUCCAGUGCGCCUUCUACCACAUGGCGGUGCCGCCCGACCGCGGGGACUUCCUCCGACUGCCCACGAUCUCCAACCGUUUCGUGGGCCUGAAGAACGUCGGCUCCCUGAGCGUGGGUCGCCGCGCUCUCCUGCAGCCCGUCGUGCGUUUGAUGCCCAUCGGCUGGAACUGGGCGCUCUACUUUUGCCAGUCGGCUCUGGUGCGCGGUAUGAUCGACGCGGGGAUCCAGCCGAACCGUCAUCUCGCCGAUGGAGCCGCGCCCACCCCGCUCGCCAGUAGGAGCGACCUGGUGGCAGCAGGGUACGUUGACAACUUCUGCGCGGUGUCCCAGUCAGCCGCUUUGGCGACCGCCAAGGCUCGGGAGCUGGCGCAGACGCUGACCUCUAGAGGCUUGCCCGUGCACGACUUCACUGAGGCCCAGACGGAGGGCGUCUGCACGGGCAUCCAGUUCUCGGGCAAGACAGGGAUGCUGCGCGCGAGGCCCGACCGCCUCGCCCGCCUGCGGCGGGCCACCCUGGCCCUCGCGAGCCGCGGGUCUGCGUCGCGCGGGGCCCUGGCCUCUAUAGUAGGUCACGCCACGUGGGCUAUGAUCAUGCGGAGAGAGUGCCUGCCGAUAUUCAAUGGCGUUUAUCGUUUCAUUCAAGGGGCGUGCAUGAAGAAACUGGACCCCUUCGUUCUCUCGUCCACGGGCCGCGUUGCAGAGAAGUGGAGGUAUAGAGUCUCGGAGGCGAUUUCCGCCAGGGCCCAUGCGUUCGAAGGUGGAGGAGGUGAUGAGGGUGCUCAAGAUGCUGCUGUCGGUUGCUCGUUGCCGUCGGACGUGCUGCUCGGGGAGGGGGGCGUCGGCUCCGUCUCGGAUUUCGUCGGGGUGCCGUCGGUGCUGUACGAUUCGGAAGAGUGGGUUAUCAUUCAUUCCAGUCGUCAUCGCCGUGCGGGUCUCAACAUCCUGGAGUAUGAGGGGGAGGCGCUCUGCUUUGCUGUUCGUCAUGUUCACAGCACUUGCGACAUCUCCUCCGACGCUUGGCCGCUGUCAGUCAGUCUCACCACGGGUAUCCGCGCGAUCGUUCGAUGGAUUCCGAGUGGGCGGAACGUCGCAGAUGGCCCCUCGCGGACGGGCUUCUUCGCGGGGCCGUGGAAGGACUUCGAAGCUGAAGCAGGCGACCAGCGGUCUCUUCUUUACCCAGGGCUGCUGCAGUUGCUGAGGGGGGAGACCUCGUUUCUCGAGAACGCUGCGGUGACGCAGCGGGCACAGGACUCCUACCACGCUCACGCCGCCCGCGUCCACCGGUGGUGCACGUGGACGGGGCAGUCGUUCGAGACUGCCGCCAGGCUGGCCGCACUGCUGCCGGUCUUCUUCGGGAACCUCUGCCUGGGCAUGUUCGACACCGCGACAGGGCGCAUGACGAUGGCAGCCCUUCGCCACCUAUUGCCGCACUUGCUGACGGGCCCCCGCGCUCUGCCGAGAGCCGCGCGGGCUCUCGAGGGCUGGGGCCGCCUAGUGCCGCCGCAGAUGCGGCUCCCGCUGCCGCGCUCGGCGAUGCUCGCCGUGGUGGGCCUCCUGAUCCAGGACAGGAGGUUCGCGGAGGCGGUCUUUGUGAGGCUGGCGUUCGACACCUACCUCAUGCCCAGCGAGGCCUAUCGCCUGGUGGCGGCCAGCCUGGUGGAGCCGCGUGCGGGGUCAGUCGACGGCCAUCAGCAUUGGGGCAUGAUCGUGAACGAUGCGACGACGGGCGGCCCUGGCAAGACGGGCGUGACCGACGAGAGCGUCAACAUCGACAACGCGAGCUUGUGGCCCCUCUUCCAGGGCUUGAAGCGCCACCGCGCUCCGAUGGAUCCGCCGUGGAGCUUCGCGCCCUCGGUGAUCCGCCAGGUCUUCCGCGAGGCGUGCGCCGGGCUCGGCAUCUGGGACGGCGUCUCGACCCUGUGCGCGCUCAGGCACGGGGGGGCCUCCGACGAUCUCCUAUCGGGCCGCCGCUCGAGGAAGGAGGUCAGGGGCCGCGGGGGGUGGGUCACCGACGCCUCCCUCAACCGCUAUGCCAAGCGGUCUCGGAUGCAGCAGCUCAUCGCCGCGCCCCCGCAGUGCGCGGUGGCGCUGGGCAGCGCCGUGGGCGGGCGCGAGGAAGAGCUCAUCUCGACGACGACGACGCGAGCGCGUUCGCUGCCGCCUCUGCCACCCGACCUGCCGGCAGCGAAGCUGCCCAAGCGGGUUCACGCCCCCCUGCUGAGCCGCAGGUGGCGCUUCGGUUGA